AAAUUCAAGAUAGUGACGUUUUCACUGUCGCGUAUGUCGCCGUUGUUGCUACCUGCUAACAUAAAGUUUAGAGUGUGCGCGCGCAUUUGCCAAUGACGGCCUUACAAUUUCCGGGAAAUGCCAACAUAGAUUAUCAUUGUCACAGACAACUUGUGCCUUAGAAGCGAUCCGGCGACAUGUCGUAUCAGCAGAAAAGGUUUUACCUUUUUAACUGCGACAACACUUAUAGUUUAGAGACAGUUGAGAAGCUUUUGCUUGAGGCAGGCGACAACUAUGGCUUCAAAAUCUCGGUUGAUCGUCUUUGUUUUGGUCUGCAACGAAUGGCUGAGGUGUGCGACAGGACUUUACCUCACCUUGUAAUGGAUUAUGCUAUCUUUGUUGUUCAUGCAGACGAAUCUCGUCUUUCCAUCAACGAAGACAACGCAGGGAUUGGUUACGCGAGGCUUUACCGUGCUCUGCUUCAAAAAACAGGUGGGUCUCAAUGUAGCUCGCAUUGGCUUCCAUUAUUUCUGAGGCUAAACUUCAGAAAGGUGGCAUUGUAUAUAUUUUAUAAAUUCAACGCAGACCCCUUUUAUAAAUACCCGUCAUUAAAGAUUCUUCCAAAAAUUAACGCACAGAUAAUGGUGAUAUGGAAACAGAAAGUCAUUUAUACGUUUUACAGAGCCACGUAUGCAUAAGGCACGGCGGAAGUGCUACAACACUUUCGAUAUCUAACUUCUAGGUCACGUGAGGGAAUGCCACGUAAAGAAAUGAUGGUCUGGCGCGACAUUAGAAAACCGGAAAGAUGUCUUGGAGAGAUUUCGCAAUAGUGUCCAAUGUUUUUCAUAAGAUAUUUAGGUGACAAGAGCGGAAGCAUUUCCUGGAAAGCCUCGGCCAUGACAGGUGACCACCGAAACCGGAAGCGUUUCUCAGAAAGGCGGAAGUGUUACAACACUUUCGAUACCGAAAGUCGAGGCCACGUGACAGACUGCCACAUGUUUUUCAUAAGAUAUUAGGUGACAAGCAGGGCGGAUAAAGGUUGGGCGGUGAAACGAGCGCGUCCGAGCAAAAAGAUGUGAUGCAGUGGACUGGGACUCUGCUUAGAAAUUUCGCUUGUUUUCGACUUCGGUCAGGGCUUGCGAUGUGGUUUUGUCCAUUAGACACUGCCGCUGUCACUGAAUUAUGACGGCUUGAUUUGUUUUCUUGCACUUCUUCCUCGUUCCUUUGUGCUGGUACGCUGUCUCCGAGAGGCAAAUGUUGCUAUUUUUGCGGGAGGUUUAGUUGGAGUAGACAAACAUCUCUUUCAAAGGGUUUCUCUUAUUACUUCCAUGACUCUACCACUGAAUUAUAUUUUCGUUCUACUACUCGCCAAUGUCGAUGUUAUUCCAAAACAAAAACAACUAAGUACUGUCUAAAACACGAAGGAAAAUCUCAUCCAUGUCAUCCAUGGCAAAACUAAAAGACAGCAGAUCGUGUUUCAUAACUAGAUGACGUGUAUUUUAUAAAUGCGUGCAGCUCGUAUCAUCAUUCUUUUUAAUUUUGAAAAAAACAUCUCAUACGUCUUUCUGUUUCUUCGAAACUUCAGAAUUAGUUUCCCCUUAGUUUUAACUGUUUACCUUGUUUUGUUUUAGAGAGAAAAACGGAGAAAAAAGCUUACGACGAACCUCAAUAAAUUUUGUUUACAUGCCGUUGCCAGAUUUGCGACGCAUUGCGCGAAUCGCCAUGGCGCGUUGUACCCGAGAAGCAAAGUUUGAAGCAGUACAACGCCACAAUAUCAAAAUAUAUCAAUCUAAUUUUUUGUUAUAUUAUAUAAAAUUUACCCCCCUUUAACAUAUGUAAAAAUUGAGGUUAAGAAGUGUUAAGCUUUUGCAAACGAAACGGUGAAAGACGAUUAGGCGAUAUUUAGUAGAAGGAGGAAGUAUUCAAAACUUUCAAAUUAAACUAAAAUUUUGGCAUUAUACUACCAACAAGUUUGACUUAAGGGCAUACAGACACAAAAAUAUGAAACUGUUUAUUGAUAUUGUUAUGAAACGAAUUUAUCUAUUUAACAUUGUAGCCUGAAAUUACAGAAAGAAAAUAGGAUUUCGGGUUUGCAAAAAGGAAAAUUUCGCCGGCCUUCAAGCGCACCGGAAGCGCGGAAAGAGCGCUCGUGCCAGUCCUACUCCGCAUCACACAUUAAAUGCAGAGCAGAGUGCUCGUUUCACCGCCCAACCUUUAUCCGCCCUGGUGACAAGGGCUUAAGCAUUUCUUGUAAAGACCUCAGGUAUGGAAGGUGACCACUGAAAUCGGAAACGCUUUUCGGAAAGAUUUUGUAACACUGAAUUCAACAUAAACUGUAGAAAAUUUAGUUAACACACACCCGCGAAAUUAAAUGAUUGAUAGUUUGAUCGUAAUAAAAUAGUGGGUAGAAUGUAAAUAGAGCCAUGAUAAUCAGGAAUAUGUUGAAAUCCUGACCUUCCUGUCAGCCAGGUUUAAUGUAUCACAUCAAAACUCUGUAUGAAGUUAUGAAUAUAUGAAAAUCAUAAAUGUGAACUGCGGAGUGAAGAAUUAUAAAGGGUCUGAAUGGGUCAUUAUAUAAAAGUAGAUCAUCGGAGUUAUAGACGCAACGUUUCCAUUGCGUCUAUAACUGCAAUGAUCUUCCUUCAUACUAGUAAUAGUUGACACUACAGCUGCCCCCGUUCUGUAUAUUGUCGGUCAAUAGUAUUCUUGCUGGUUGUGUAGCUCUUUGAAAUGUGCCGAUUCAUAAUGAAGAUUUUCUCACAUAUUUCACACAACAGGUGAGAUAAAUGCAGGAAACGCAAGGUUCCAUGCACAGUUUCAGCUCGAUUUACACAGCUUUGAUCAAAACAUUCUCAGUUUCGAGAAUAGUUUAUUCUAAACCAUAAGAAAAGAUUUAAUUUGAAGUUGAAUUUUUCGCUAUUUCUCUUUCCCUUUUUACAUUCACUUCAUUUUAUUUGCCGGAAAGUAAGCCUUAGAAAUUAAAAGGACGUUUGAUCGAUUCACGCUAGCGCAUUCUAGUCUUACUUGAAACUUUGUAACGGAAUGACAUCUGUGAGCAGGGAAUAAGUCAGCACAGAAUUUGAUAGUCGGCGAAUUUCUGUAAAUCUCCGUCAAUCUGCUAGGGAUAAGUUAGCCGUUGUUCACUCGUCUUGCUUGUUUGGGGCUGAGUCUUAUUCCGGUCAAAGAGAGGGAAAGAGUGUCUGGCAAGGUUUUCAAUAUAAAUCAAAGAUUUGUGAACUCGUGUCUGGCAAACUCUCCAAGUGUUUAUGUAUACACAGUUAAACGCACCUUAUAACCUCCCCUGCGCUUAACGAGUGUCUUUUGGUCCAUAACUUUCAAAACAACUGCUCCACAGAAUGUCACAGCGUAACGCAAAAGAGUAUCGAAGUAUGACUGCACAAUAAAUGUCAUAAAAUCUACCUGAGCGCGCUGUCCCUUCGGGAUUUUCUGUCUUUACGUCAUCCUAACCAUUUCGUACUUGCGGGCGCAAACAAUAGAAACGUCAUCAUUACCUACCGAUUCCUCGCGGCCUCAGUUCGAGCAAAUCGAGAUUUUUUCUAGUAUACUGACUGUAUAUUGGAACUGUAAGUACUGUCCUUAAUAUACGCGCGAGUUACUAGGGUGCCUCCUCGGGAUAUCGUCUCUGGGCGAAAUCCCUACGGGGGGCAAUAAUUUUUCACUCCGCAGUUUAAAAAUAUGAUUUUCAUAUAUUCAUAACUUUAUCAUCAUCCUUUAACGGGUUUAUAACGAACCAAUUCAACGACCUGCUCCCGGUUGUCUCGUUAGCUUAAUUCGUACAGCGCUGCACCGGUAUCGCAGAGGUCAAGGUUUCUUUUCGCAACUGCAAAAGUUGCGUCUAUAACUGCGGUGAUCUUCCGUGAAAUAAAACUCUGUAUACUGCUCAAUUUACAGCCAUUCCAUAUUGCCACUUUGCUUUCAGAUAAUAAAGUGCUGAUCGUGAUAGGCGGAGACAAAUAUUACAGAGAUCAAGACGAAAAAGCGCGGUUUGUCAUCUCGCGCUGGGCGAGAAGGAAGGUGUCUUCCCAGUUUGGUGAAGAGUUUCUGGAUGGAAGACAAAGCUUCAUCUUCUCUUGGAAUGAAAAUCACCAACCGAUUCACGAGGAAGCGAUGUACCACUUUCUAGAACCCCGCAAAAGAGGGUGCAAGUUUGAAUACACACCUCCCAAACCCUUGCCCAAGCCCGUAGCACCUGUGGUCCCUCAACCCUUACCGAAGCCCGAACCAUCUGUGGCCCCUUGGACAACAGGCACUUACCCGAGACCGGAGGUAAAGCUAAUUUCCGUUUCCUUUCUUCCAAACAUCCUUUAUGUAUGAACUAAGGGUUAAUUCUCUAAGGAAUGUUCUGUAAAGUCAAUUCAAGAGAGCGCUCCUCCUACAACUAACAAUCCCCGGGCAUUUUUUUAUUUUAAAACAGGUUCAAUGCCCCCUAUGUCGGGUAGUUAGUAUGAGAAAUCAAAUCAAUAUUGCUUCCCUGUGAAGAACAAAAUUAUUAUAAACCAAUCAGUUAAAAAAUAUUAUCAAGUCGAGGACGAUACUUUUUGCGACAAAUUUUCUAUUCUCGUCCAAAUAUUAUUUACCUUAAAUUGAAUAUUGACGAUAAGCAGCAAGUUACGGUCCUUUCCGCCCCCCCCCCCCUCCGGGCAUGUGCUGCUGGCCUCUCAGAGCCCAUACCCCAUUACAGUCUAUUCUGUGGCCAAUUACAGACCCCAUCUUAGUCACUCAGAUGAGACCCUAUCCAGCGGCUCAUUUUCAUUAGCCUCUUAUAAGAAAGUACUCUCCCGGGCUUUCCCACCCUUUAAAACUGGCAGCAUUUAGUAGAAACCAAACAAGAGACGUUUUCAAAAAUUUUCGGUGUGCAAAAGAUAAUUAUGUUGUUUUUCCAGGUGGACCAUAGACUCACAGAAAACACAAAAUCGAAGUCUAAUUGCUAAAUAGAAUUCAAAUAACAAUUACCAUAAAAAUCUGAAGCUGUUUAUUCAUCAUAAUUCAAAGUUGUUGAGUCUCCUUGUGUAUCCUUUUCUAGGACUUUAGAGAUGCUAAUACAUCUCACCGUAGACCCUUCAACAACUGGGAAUCACAAAAAAGUGAGUUGACAUAUGAUUUGGAGAAAGGCACUUAUGAAGGUGAAAUACUCUCUCUUUGGGUGUUUGGAAAAACAUAGUUAAACUUAUAUACUACUAUUAACAUAGAAAUACACCUUUUUUAGGAUCUUCUCUUGGUUGUCUAACCUUCAUCUGUCACUGACGAACCACCCAUACAAAAAACCGAAUUAUAGUUAUAGCGUUAAAAGUGUAGGUUUUUCCGAAGUUUAAAAAGUUGUUGUUUUUCUUUUUUUAGUUGUUGAUCGUUGUAUCUAAUUACGCCGAUGUUUAAAGUUAUCGAAUCGUAAUCUGAUAUGAUAUGGAUGUUGAUAGAACAAAUAUGCUCUGAAACGUUCCUUCUUGUAAUCAUUAAUUGUGAUGAAAUAGACCAUUCUUUGUGUAAAAAAAGGUUCUUAUCUGAAAUUGUCAAUGGCCAGCUCAGGUAGUUGUCAUCUCUAUGAUAUAAUUUCCUUUCUUUCCUUUCACUUGUUCGGCUCCAUUGCAGGUGUAUUUUAGCUUUCCAAGCCAACCUCGUUUCCAGGAUUCUCUCUCUUGCCUCGAGAAAGACGGCUGGAGACAGAACCCCAGGGAUUGUCGUCAGGCGUCCCCGCCCCCACCCCUUCAUUGCAGGGAUUAAGUAACAAGUCAAAAGAGCUUGUGCGUAGGACACGCUUUGUUGAGAAAUAGAGUUAUAAGGCAACGUACAACAUGCAUCUCAUAAACUGUGUGAUUCUUUCAUAUUCUAGCUUUGAAUAUGGGUGGUAGUGGAGUACCACCUGUUUACCUGGCAGGGACCGUGUUAUUGGAGACGUACGUCCGUUAUGGAAGUAUUUCAUUUAACACUGAGGACAUCUUCCAGGAGGAAGGAGGAUGGCGACCAACAGCGAAACAGGUGUCAGACCUUAUGAGCGGCUUCAAGUCCACACCUUUGGCUAAAGUAACUUUCGUCAGCACUGGUAACGGAGAGGUUUCUUAUUCGGUUGUCAAGGUGACAACUGACGAUUGGUGGGAGCGCUGGUUGUCAACUUCCGGUAGAUUUCGACCGUGUUUUUCCUGGCUUAAGAGAAACUACAAGGUCUGUACUGUGGCGUGCGUUUUAAGCCUGGUUGUCUUGCUCGGGUAUUUGUGGAGUAGUAAGGAUUAGUUUAGGCGCGGUUAAUUGUUUACCAUUUACGAAAAGAUUCCGAAAAAUCUGGUUGGAAAGUGAAUGGAACUUUAUAAGGCUCGAUUACCAACAGCUGUUCGUGAUAUGAGCCUGCCCCUAAGCGUGUUCUAUGGAACAUGCGUACGAUUUCUUAUGUUAUUCCAGUGGAAAAUUUCCGGGAGCAACGGAACAUCUGACAAGGUAAUCCUGUUUUUCCCGUCGAAAGGUUCCAAGAGGAAACUUUGAUACCAUUUUCAGGCUUCGCGGCCGUUAACUGAUUUGUGCACCAAGGAUGGUAAACAUUGCCAGCUUUCUCAUGUAAAUGGUAAACAACCGUUGACUGCAGACAGGUCGCUGAGACUGCAAGUACAGAUUACAUGUAAUAUCGUAGCAACAUGUUGCUGAAAAGGACAACAAUAAUGUGGUCGAUUUAGUUCUGUCUAUCUUUCAAGACCAAGCUUUCUGGUCGUGUUGAUUAAAAGUUUAAUAAACACGUUUGAAUCCUUAUUGUUUGCUGUCUACAGACUUAUUUAUUCGUAGAAAUUUUUGUUUUUCUCCCCGAUCUUCAUUAACUUGAAUAUAAAUCUGUUCACUUAAUACCAUUUCCUACAUUGGCGCCUUUGGAAAAGCAUCAAUUUUGUGACCCCUUGCGUGACCACUAACAAGUUCGGCGAGUGCGCAUUCCCGGAUGUCGUCCCAAAUUCCGGGAAAUUCCCCAACAAAGAGACGACCUCGCGACAAGUAUUGAGGUGAAAACGACAUGGCGAAUCAGUUAAAAUUUUUCCUUUUUAACUGUGACAACACUUAUAACUUAGAAGUAGUGGAGAAGUUUUUGCUUGACCUUGAGGAGAAAUAUGGUUUCAAAUUCUCGAUUGAUCGUCUUGCUUUUGGAUUGCAACGGAUGGGUGAGGUGUGCGAGAAGAUUUUACCCUCGCUGGUGAUGGACGUCGCUGUUUUUGUGGUUCAUGCAAACGAAUCUCGUCUCUCCAUCAACGAAGACAACGCUGGAAUUGGUUACGCGAGAAUCUACCGAGCUUUGCUUCAGAAAACAGGUGGGUUUCUGAAUGUUGUCCCUUAGUUAACGCCGUUGUUUUAAAGUAACAACACAUGUAACUGGCAAAUUUCAUGCUGUAGAUCCCAAGUAGUAAAACUUAAGACAUGGCAAUAUGCAAACGCAUAAGUAUCAAACAUAAAUAACAACUAAACUUACUGAAGCCACAUAUCAGCUGACAUAUGCAUACACAGGAAAGGCGGAAGUGCCAUAUUUCUCUCUAUAUUAAUCAAACAUUGCAGCCUGUUCUGCCUUUCACGGUUAAGGUUCUUAUUGAUUAAAAACUGCUUCAAUCCGGUUUGUGUAAAAAAAUCAGGAUAAAAAAUGGUAAAUCAAUGAAGAAAGCGUAAGAAGAGAGUAAACUCCAUAGAGUACUUUCGAUUUCGAUCGUCACGAGGUCGCCUGUCACGGCAUGCCACCCGAAAAGGGCGGAAGUAUUUCUUAGAAGAUUGUCACGCGAUACCAGUUCUUGGAAGAUCUUGCACAGUCAUUGACAAAACCGGAAGCAUUUCUUGGAAAGAAGAGACACAUUGCAGUGAUCACCAAAACCGGAAGCAUUUCUAGAAAGAAAAAACUUUGAUAUGUACGAAGGAUCAAGGUACGAAACAAAGCUAAACAAAGGUGCCUGUUUCUAAUGGAUCUUGUCAGCAAAAUGUUUGUACUAGUAAACAAAACUAAAGAAGCAAAUUUUAUUUUCUUCCAGGAAUGACUAUCACUACAAGAAAAUUAGUUACAUUUUAGAAGGCCAAGAAACAAAAGAAUACGUUAUUUCCUGGCAAUAUUUGAAGUAUAAGGAAAUGUGUCGCAUUUAAUCAUUCUCUGAAGCAGUCAGGUCAUCCCUGACGAAAUACUUGAAGAACAGAACUACCGUAAAAUUCCGAAAAUAAGCCCCUCCGUGUAUCAAGCCCCUCAAACUCGUAACGCAAAAAACCGUCCGUUAAAUCGCCCCUCCGAAUACAAACCCCCGGGGGUUUAUACUUGGAAAGUGCCCUCAAAUACAACAUAAAACAAAGCAAAAACGGCACAGUGACAUAUUAAAUUUUUGCAUUUGCCAAAGAACUAUUACAUGUGUGCCAAGUGUUUGUAGUCAGACAGUGUCACAGUUAAUUGCUGUUUGCGUGGAUCCUCUUCACUCUUGGCUUUUAUUUCCUCGGUCCGUAUUGACAAAGUACUUGCAUGGCUACGUUUUAGAAACGUCUAUGUCCCCAAGGCAAGUUUCAGUAAAAACAUUCUGGAAAUUACUGACGUAAAUUGCCUUUCAACUAUAAGCUAGCCCAAUCGAUUUUGAGACGCAAAUUUCCCUCCAAGUAUAAGCCUGGCCGAUUUUGAAACGCAAAGUUCCUUCCGUAUAUAAGCCCCUCCGAAUAUAAGCCCCCUCCAAAAAUAAGCCCGUCAAAAAGGGCCUCAGUUUGCAAGAGUGUCCUGAUUGUCACUCCUCUUCACAGGAGUGAUGAGGCAUUAAUCAUGGAGCAGCCUCGCCUCCCUUACGGUCAAUCAAAACGCUAAAAACUGCUUUUACUCACUGUACAUGACGUUUCCGCGUAUUGUCUUUUUUUCAGAUAACAGAGUGCUGAUCGUGAUAGGCGGAGACAGAUACUACCAAAAUGAAGACGAAAAAGCGCGGUCUGUCAUCUCGCGCUGGGCAAAAAGGAAGGUGGCUUCGCAGUUCGGUGAAGAGUAUCUGGACGGAAGACAAAGCUUUAUCUUCUCCUGGAAUGAAAAACACCGACUGAUUCACGAGGAAGCAAUGCGACAUUACCUCGAUCCCGAAAAGAGGGGAUCCAAGUUUGAAUACACACCUCCCAAACCCCAGUUGCCGAAGCCCACAGAACCUAAAGUCCCUCAGCCCUUGCCGAAGCCCAUACCGCCUUUGGAUCCUCGACCGGCUAGUGCAGACACAGAUCUAGGCAGGGAGGUAGGCGAUAACCUCCUUCUUUCGUUAAAUUAAUAAUAAAUAAUUAAUCCUUUCACUCGCCAUUCCAUCGUUCACUCGAAAUUCCAUCUUAAGUGCUGCCAAGGGCAUUUCAUUUAAAUGGUGACACCAUAAGAUUUCCUUUACGGACUCACCUCUUAACAGGACUCCAUCAUUCACUAUGGUAGUAAAAGGGUUGAACUCCCUUCCCCUAACUCCCAGUCAAAAGUCAAGUCAGGUUUAUUGUGUAAAAUACGCUUAGCUAUUUGUGAGAAAACUCAGUAGCUACUUUGCAGGUACUAGUACACAUUAAAAUAAUAAAUUAAAAACGAAUAGAUAAUUAUAACUGAAAUAAAUAAAAAAUAACUGAUUGAAAAGAUAAAAUUAAUGUUAAAAAAUUAUUUACAUAAUACUAGGAAAUUUCACAAAUAAGAUAAAGCUGGAACUAUUUACAAUGCAAUAGAGUGGUAGUAGUAGUUAAUUAUAGUAAAGUCAAGUCCAGUUUUCUUCUGUAUUUAAGAUCAUAUAGUUCUAUAUGAAUUUGGUAUUGAAUUCCAUAUUUGUGGUGCUGUAAACCUCCACGAUUUAAGGCCGUAUUUUGAGGAGUUGGCCAACUUGAUGAGAGCCUGGCCAAACCUCGGACAAAACUACUGAGACAGUUCCAUCGCCAUUUUUUAACUUUUGCACCAUACUACUAUCAGUAUCUCGUUUAAACAAAACUAAAGCAAGCCCCCUCCCCACCCCCUAUUCAACGCUAACGUUGUUUUGGUCUAAAAAGCAACAUGAUUCUCUAGUCAUCUUAAACAACAUUGGAUAAGAGAAAACGGAAAUUAAUUUGGCGACAAUGGCGACGGUUUCCAUUUUUGCUAUUUUUUGCGAUAUGUCUCAACAGGUUUUGCGCGAGGUUGUUGCUAUUUUGUUGCUAUUAAAAAUGGUUUUAAUUAUACUUAUGGGUGACACAACUCAUCCUUUUCAGUCUUUUCAGCCAGAGUAUCUUACUACUGGAUGAAUCAAUGAAGGUUGUUUAAAGAGAAUCUUCGGUAUAUAUAGAAUUCAUAAAACUGUACCUCGUAUUAAAGUAAAGUUUCUUGACUCCCCGUAUAGUCGUCUUUGGUAGAGAGUGACAAGGAAAACCUUAUCCAGGACAAUAAAGAAGAUACUGUAACCCACCGUAGAUCUUUCAGGGAUCGGGAUCAGCCAAAAAGUGAGUUGAAACAUGACUUGGAGAAAGUCACUUACGGAGGUGAAAGUCUUUCUGUUUCAAUGAUAUCCGAUUUGCAUAUCAUACAUUGUCAAAGUUUAUAGGUGUUUGGUUAUAUCCUUUAUUAAUAUCAAAAGCUGUGUUACCACCUUAAUGCCAAGUACAAAACGCCUUGACACCACGUGUACAUAAAAGUUGCUCGUUUUAAGGUUAUAGGUUUUUGUACCAGCUUGGCCUGUUCAUAAUGCAUUAUUUUUUACAUAUUUUCCAGUAAGAUCUUCGGGAUCGGGCGCUUACCGGCUAUCUUAGAUUCAAAUGUACCGAGGGGGAUGGUCCCGGUCCGGGGCUCUAUAGCAGUGGGGGAGUCCUUCCAAACCGUCCCCCGCCCCCCAAAGUAGAUUCGGUACAUUUGGAACCAAGAUGGCUGCGAGCCCGUAGGGGUGGGUGCUCGAUCGAUCCCGUCAAUGCUACGAAAAAAUAGGGGGCUGUGAACAGUCUAAUUUCCGCUCACAUUCGCUAGUUUUGGAUGCUCCGGAGAGCCUAAUUAUAAAAUACUGUUUUUUUUUUUUCGCAUUCCUUUAUAAGGAAUUACUCGAUAAAUGAACUUAACGAACUGACAUUUGCAGCUAUAGGGCCUGGUGAACUGACACCGCCGGCAACUUACCAAGGAGGAGACAUCAUUCUAUUGGAGGCAAAAGUUCGUUAUGGAAAGAUUUCUUAUGAAGAUGAGGAUGUCUUGCAGAGAGAAAGAGGAUGGCGACCUUCACUGAAACUUGAGGCAGAUGUGGAGACCGACCUAAAGUCCUACCCUGUCCUUACAGUGACGUUCUACCAAACUGGUGAUGGAUCAAUCACUUAUAAGUAUGACAAGCUGAAACCUUCCCCUAGCACAAGCGACUGGGGGAUUUGGAGAUUUAUGGUCGCGUGUUGUGAGAUCCUUGCUCAGUGCUGUGGGAUUCUUGCUCAGUGCUUGAGGGACAUUUGGGGGUGGUGCCGGGGCCGCUAA